UGUAGCUCUCUGAUCCUGGAAUCCUCUUCAGUUCCAGCUAGAAUGCUGCAUCAGACACUUCAUAGAUUUGGUCAAAAACUGGUAUGCAAACUGAGGCUGAAGGAACCAGUGGCUGAGGAUAACCCACAGAGAACACUGAACACUCUGGAUUUAGUGGCCCUGGGUGUGGGCAGCACAGUGGGUGUAGGUGUGUAUGUCCUGGUUGGUGAGGUGAUCAGCAAUCAAGCAGGACCAUCUUUUGUGAUAUGCAUUUUGGUGGCUGGCCUAUCUUCUGUGUUGACUGGGCUGUGCUAUGCAGAGAUUAGUGCCCGUAUUUCCCAAUCUGGCUCUGCAUAUCUCUACAGUUUUGUCACUAUAGAUGAAAUCUGCGCUUUCAUCAGUGGCUGGAACCUCAUCCUCUCCUUUGUUGCUGAGAGAGCCAUUGUGUUCAGCACAUGGAUCUUAACUUUUGAGAACCUGCGUGGGAACCGCCUCUCUCAGACUGUGCAAGAGAGCAUCUCAGCACACGUUCCCCCUGUCCUUACAGAAUAACUAGAAUUCUCUGCCCUGGGUUUUGUGUUGUUGUUCAUGGAAUUCAGGAAUAUUUGGUAUUUCAGGUCAUUUUCGACUUCCACACCUGCCAAAGUGGUCAUAUUGGUGAAACUUUUGGCUCUCAGCUUUGUCAUAACCUCUGGCUUCAUUAAGGGGGACAACUGGAAGCUCACAGAAGCGGACUAUGUAAAGGCUGGACUCAAUGACACCUCUACACUGGGCCCUCUGGGCGAUGGAGGAUUUGUGCCUUUUGGCUUCAAGGGGAUUCUCCGUGGAACAGCUACCUGUUACUAUGCAUUUAUAGGUUUUGACUAUAUUGUUACCAAAGUUGAAAACGCCCAGAAUCCCCAGCGUUCCAUCCCCAUGGGCAUUAUGGUUUCACUGUUCAUCUCCUUUUUGUUGUAUUUUGGUGUCUCUUCAGCACUUACGCUUAUGGUACCUUACUACCAGCUCCAACCUGGGAGCACCUUGCCUGAGGUAUUUCUCCAUAUUGGCUGGGUCCCUGCCUACUACGUGGUAGCUUUUGCAUUCCUGUGCAUUCUUUCUGCCAGUCUUUCACGCUUUGUGAGGCCGAUAUAUCGGGUAUUAUACAUGAUGGCAAAGGAUGGCCUCCUGUUCCGUUUCCUUAUCCAUAUCUCCUACUUCCAAUAUGCUGUUAUCAUGAACAUUGUGAUUGUUGGACCUAUUGCAGCCAUUAUAUUCUUCUUUGGAGUCACUGAUCUCUUGGACCUAAGUGCAGUUGGGUCACUGAUUUCUCGCUCCCUGGUUGCUCUUUGUGUUCUCAUCCUCAGGUACCAGCCUGAGGAAAAUGAAGCAGAGGUGCAAGAGGAGGAUGUAUCUGCAGCAGAGAAGCUGACUCUACAACGACUACUUUUUCCAGGCAGCCCCACCCCCACUCCACUCUCUGGCCGGGUUGUCCGUGUUUGCUCCUCACUGCUUGUUCUGCUGCUCACUCUUCUUUGCCUGGUGCUGACUCAGGGGCCAGUUCUGCUUUCUGGAGACCCAGUGUGGAUUUCAGUGGUUGUAGUGCUCCUGGUGCUCAUCACUGGGCUCACUGGGGUCAUCUGGAGACAGCCUCAGAUCUCCAGUUCCCUUCACUUUAAGGUCCCUGCUCUGCCUCUCCUCCCACUACUGAGCUUCUUUGUGAAUGUUUGCCUUAUGAUGCAGAUGACAGCUGCCACCUGGGUGUCAUUUGGUGUCUGGAUGCUGAUUGGGUUUGCUCUCUACUUCAGCUAUGGGAUCCAGUGCAGCUGGGUCGCUUAA